CCGCAAUUACAGUAGUAUGCUUGCAUCGCUCUGUCGUUGUUUCCUUUUCAUCAGGUUAAUGCUUCAAUUUCUGCUGCUAUACAGUGUGAAUAGUGUGCUUUUGUACAUUUGAACAUUUCCACAUUAAAAUAUUGAGAGUGGGAGUGGAUUAGUAAUCGUUGCCGAGUCGAGUGCACAUCAACAACAUGGCAGUAAGGGCAUCGGUGAACCUAAAAGGUUGUUUAGCAAGAGUCGCACUAAACAAGAAAAAUGUUUAUGGAAGACAUAAGCUAGACACAGAAAUUGACAAAUAUUAUAAGACACUCCACAAUGUAGUAAUUCCAGAAUUUAUGGAUAUGGUUAAGGAAAUACCAGGCUAUCCACAAAGAAUUAAAAAGUGCAUUUCACAUACCACUCCAGCAUAUUAUGACGGGUGGAACUUCAGCAUCGAAUUAAUGUAUAAAACAGUGGCAGAUGAACACCAUCAAACAGAAAAGAACUUGGAAAAGUGUAGAAUACUUAGAACUUUGAUGGAUGUGAACUAUGCGAUGUCAAGUAUAAUUGAUGACUAUGUAGAUAAAGGUGAGUACAGACACGGUAAGAAGAUUUGGGCUUCCAUAUGCGAAGGGGGUCAAGAAGCUGCAAUUUAUGAUUCCAUUUCUGUCCACUACUUGAUAUUGCUGAUGCUUCAUCGCCACUUCAGGAAUGACCCAGGAUACAGCAGGCUGUUAGAACUACAUAGUACGGUUCGUGGCAGAGGGGCGAUAGGAAACACGCUGGAUAUUCUUGAUCGUAAGGAAAACUUCGAUGAUAACACAUUGUGGAAACAUUCUGUCCAAAACAAAGCAGCGAAUAUGGUAUAUCCUGCAGCAGUCACGGGCCUGGUUCAUGCUGGAGUACUUAGUGAAGAACUGCAUGAUAAAACUAGAGAGGUGUUCGGCUACGCUGGACAUCUGUUACAGGUUUGGGACGAUUUGAUGGAAUACUACGCUUCGGAAGAACAAUCUGGUAAAGGUUCUCCAGAUAGCAAAUGUAACAUAAAAAGCUGGGCAACUGUGACUGCAAUGGCCCACUUUAAUGAAGCCCAAGCUAAGGAGUUUAGGGCCUGCUACGGGUCCAGUGAUCCAGCCAAAAGAACGAGAGUGCAUGAGCUGUAUCAAGAAGUGAAUUUACCGAGACUAUAUCUGGAUUAUCUCAGAAAAAUCUAUAUGGUCUCGAGAGAAAUAAUCAGCAAAAUUCCCGAUCCCAGAAUACGAAGUGCUUGUACUAGCUAUAUGGAUUGGUUGCUCCUUGAACCAGCCCAGGAUGACGAAGAAUCUGAAAGUGUAUUAAAUAACUGAGAGGACAAACAGACAAAGUAGACUAAAUGAUAUGUGAACAUGCCAUAUGAAAUAAACGACAAUUUAUUGUCACACAAUAUAUUUUGUUUUUA